GUGUCGCUCACAGCGCAAGAAAAUGGAGGCCACAGAUGAGCAGGUCAUCCGUAGGCGAGAAAUCAGAAAGAAGAAGAUAUUAGAGAACUCAGAUGCGAGAUGGAGAAAAAUUAUAGGUUACGGGUCGACGGAUGAGUCAGCUACACGUGACAAGCCAUCUGGAGAACCCUUACCAGCCGCAGCAACCGCACCGCCAUUCGUGAGUCCCGCAGCCGACAGCCGUCGUGCCUACUCCCUGGACGAAGUCACUUCCAACUCCACGCUCUCAUCGUCUUCAGUCACGCAUCGCCCUUCGGCAAAAGUCGACGUCAUUCCUUCGGUGCGUCUCUCAGCUCUGGACACACGAACACGCUCUCUGGACGAGAGCACAUCUGCCAAUGGCAUUCCCAAGCGUUCUGCUAUCUACGCCUUCCCCAAGAAGGUGUCGGACACAGAGUCACGGUCGUACGCAAGGUGUCCGGGGGAUGGCGGAGGGUUUCGGGUGUGGUUGGUGGAAGCGCUGGCUGACCGAGGCUUGGACUUCUUCAGAGCUUGCUUGGUGGCAUUGAUUGGAGUGUGUGCUAGGAUUUGGCUUGCACUCGGAGUGCCGCAUUUCCUUUCUGAGACGGUCCUACUGCCUUUUUGCCUCUUGGAAGCUGCCAUUUGUAGUUACCCUAAAUUCCUUACAAAGGUUAGUUGGUGUCAACGUCCGCAGAUGAGCCUAGGAAGUAGUGGAAGUGCCUCUUGUAUGUCAACAUCAAUUCUGGCAGCCGUUCUAGUGCUGUGCGGUGUGUCCCCACGGGCAUCGGCAGCCGCGACGUCGGGUCUUCGACUGAUGGCUGACCUCACCUCCGACCUUAUGCUUUACAUCUUUUGCUUUGUCGUCUUUCACGUCUUCUGGAUCGACUGGGUCGGCUGAUGCGCACGGAGUAUCAUUUGACGUGCUCAGAACAAGGACUUGAAGAGGAAGGGAGGGGGGGGGGUACGACAAUUUCUGUUACUUUUCGUGGAAAGGGCAAGUGGCAUGAAGACAACGCAAGGAGUGGAUGUUAGUAGCAAGCACCUGACAUUCGCUGGAACUGAGGACGUUUAUGCAUAAUGUGCAAGUUGGGACGUUGCACGUUUAUCUCAGGUUUCGUGUCGUUUUUUAGUCGCGUGAAGUGGAUGGAAAAUGGUGCUGCUCGCAAGGCGUGAGCAGAUGCUAAAACGAUGCUGGCAAAAUAUGAAUGUGCACCGACUUGCCUGCAGUGCUGGGCAUACAGUUUCUUUGUUUUUUUAAAAAAUAAUUGUAGAGUAAAAAUUUCUGGGUGUGUUUCAUGAACCUGCACAAGCACUGCGAUGAGAACUGUGCAGCAGUUGUUGAGUUUGGUGGCAGCUUCGUAGAGAUGCCCUUUCGGAUUAUUUGAUGGCAAAAACGUGAGUGUUCCUUAACUAGUGGUUGCCAUUGCUAGUCACAAGCUUAAUUUUGCAGUUCAGCAGAACUGUACAAUUUGUAAAUUUCCAAAAGUGUACAACUUUGUGUAAGAUACACAUCACACGCUGAUCUUUAUAGAUGACACGGCAGGAGGGGAUUUAUUAAACACAAUUUUGAUCUCUGGUUUCCAAGCCAAGCAGUUCUAAUGUAUUAUAUGUAAAUACCAAUUAAAAUACUCUUAUCUGCAGUCUAAA